AUGAAGCCACAAAACGUUUUUCUCAGCCACGCCCUUUUCGGGUCCGCCAGCGCCCUGUCACUGCCCAAUAGUGCACAUGCCAUCUUGAGCAGAGACGUCAGCAACUCCUCAACUCCAACAAACAAGUCUCUUUCAUGGGCAGAAUGUAACUUGGACUUUGGCGCCGCCAAUAACGCCAUUGUCGACGCCCUGCCUGAGAAGCCCGAGUGCGCCAAGCUUGAAGUCCCGCUGGACUACACAAGCUUGAGUUCCGGAGAGACUAUCGAACUUCAACUGAUCAGGUUCAAAGCCAACAAAGAGCCAUACAAAGGCAGCAUCAUCUACAACCCCGGUGGGCCUGGAGGGUCCGGUGUUGAGAGAACCAUAGUGUCACCUGCUGGGGGUCUACAAAUGAGAGAUAUCGUUGGAGGACAGUACGAUAUUGUCUCAUUCGAUCCAAGGGGUGUCGGAAGAACGAUUCCAUUCGCGUGCAACAUCACGGCGACGGAGACAGCACCUACCCUCGCUCGCCGCGAAUUCAACACACUGCCGCAGGCAAACAUAUGGGCCUACUUCAACGAAUUCGUCUUGGGCGCCGCGGAAGCGAUCGCCGACGCCUGCUUCCGUGACCAAGCCAAGUACGGGCGCUUCAUCGGCACGGCAUUCGGAGCCAGGGACUUGAUCUCCAUCGCCGACGCCCUCGACCAGGGCCCGAAGGUGAACUACUGGGGGACUUCCUACGGAACCGUUCUCGGACAAGUCUUCACCUCCAUGUUUCCCGAGCGCGUCGGGCGCGUCCUGCUCGAUGCCAACCUUCUCGCCGAGGACUAUGCCAGUACCACUUGGAUAACCGCCCAACGCGACGUGGAACGGGCCCUUCACAAACUGUUUGACGGGUGCGUCGAGGCCGGUCCUGGGACCUGUGUGCUGGCCAACCACACCGGCACCAACACCACCGGAGAUAGUUUGAUGUCGGCACUCGACGAAGCCAUUCAAGAGAAGCUCGACGAUGACACCGAGGGUGAGGAUUUUGGACUUCUCUAUGUCCUCCCUUUCAAAGUCGCAAUCGUAGGGGAACUCUACGGUCCCGCGACCUACUUCGACGCCAUCGAGAGAGUCAACCACGUACUCACGGGGAACUGGACGGCGGCGGUCACUCCGACACCUAACAUGUUGGCAUCCGAAUGGAACCAAGGAGAGCACGCCAUGUUGGGAAUCUCGUGCGCCGACUCGUCCUUCCGCGCCGAGAACCGCGACGACUUCUAUUCCGUCUACCAAGCCCGCCUGGCGCAGGGUUCCUUCGCGGACUCGGUCCCCGACCGGCUCUACUGCGGCCGUUGGCGCUUCAGCUCCGCCGAACAGAUCGACCUCAACGCUCUGAGAAACGUCAAGACCAGCUAUCCGGUCCUCGUCGUCAACGGUCACUACGACCCGGGCACCUCGGAGAGCUCUGCGUGGGAGGUGUCCGCGAGACUCCGCAACAGUCGGAUGGUUGUUCACAUGGGCGUCGGUCACGGGUUUAGAAACCACCCUUCCAAGUGCACAAACGAUGUCGUCCGCGACUACUUCGCCGACGGCAAACUGCCGGAGGUGGGAACCGUUUGCGAACCAGACAAGAGUGCAUUCGAAGUCGCCAUUGAGUUGAAGGAAAAGUGA